AUGUCAUUACAGCAACCACAUCUGCCACAUCCGAUGCAUCAGCAGGCACCGAUGCUGUACCUCGUCAUCCCCUUCCCGACAUCACGAAUGUUACCCGCCAAUCGAGGCAGGCACAAACGCCCUGCUCCUAAAGAGGUGGUGAUUCUCUGUGGUGCUGAAAAGGAGCAUGGUCCACCGCAGUGGCUGAACGACAGCUUUGAGGGAAUGCAUGAUGAGUCUCUUGGUCCAUCGUGGCUGAGCCUUCUGGAGAAGUGGCGUGAACUGGAGUUAGGUAUCUGGGAAGACUCAGCUUUGAUGGGCAAAUUGCCUACAAAACUACAUCCCCAUGCACUUGCUCUGUGGCUCGAUGGCGCCCGUUCUUUUGAGGCAGGUCCUAUCAUCUCUGAUUCCUCUGUUUACAUGGCAGAGAUAGGUGGACUGGUGGAACCAGAUCAAUCCAACUUGGAGACGUUCGACAGAUGGACUACCGAGACCCGAUUAUUCGAAACCAAUAACAACUAUUUGCAGGGGAGGACGGCAGGGCCUUGUCACCAGUGGUCUUUGGAUUGUACUGGUAUGGUCAUUUAUGCUGAGAGUCGGAUCUUUGGUCUCGAAUGGUGA